AUGAAGCUCCGAACAACCUUCCUCCGAGAAGAUGAUCCGAGGUCGAUAUUUAUUCUGUACUCGGCUAAAAGCCUACAAACACUUGGCUGGGGAGAUGGCGAAGCGGCGAAGGCCAACCCCUACCAAUCACCCGCCACGCUUUGGAAGAGGCCGAAAAAAGAGCCCCCAACCAUGACUCAAAUAGUUUCUGAUUUUUGUGGCAGAGAUUGGUUGGGCAGCACAAAUUUCACAUUUUGUGGUGCAUGGGUAACAGAAUCCCACAAUCCCUCUAAUGAAACAGACGCAUUGGUGGCUAGGAUCAAGAAAAUUGAUCUUUCAAAUUCCAAAAAAGAUAUUAUUGAAUUGGGAAACGAGGACGUCCAAAUCAGCGAAGAAGAGUGCUCGAGAAGCCUAUUCGGGAAAAUUAUCGGCAAAAGAAAAGCUUCUCUUAUAGGAAUCAGAAGAACGGUGACCGCGAUAUGGCAAAUCAGCAACCAACUAGAGAAAAAAGUCCUAAAUGGGGUAAAUUGGAUUUUCGAAAACCAAUUCUUCAUUCUGCGUGAAUGGGAAGAAGGUCUUUCAGUUAAUCACCCGGGCACUGAAGUUGGAAUGAAAGUUGGCUGCAUUUUUAAAAAAACCAAGAAUGUAACAGUGAUUAAACCAGGUGGUACAAGAGGUAGCUAUCUCAGGCUCCUAGUUACUGUUGAUGUGUCAAAGCCACUACCGAGAUGUGUCCAUUUAAAGCUAAAUAACCAGCUAAUAGUAGUGGGCUUUCAGUAUGAGCGCCUGCUUAGUAUGUGCUACUAUUGUGGAAUGCUUGGACACUUGGAUAAAAACUAUACUGCAAGACUUGAGGACAUAGCAAAUGGAAAUCCAAAGGAAGGGCAAUUUGGAGAGUGGCUCAGAGCUGCAGAAGGUAAAUAUGGAGGAAUCAUCCCUUCAUCAAACCAACCAAGCAGUCAGCAAAGAGAUUGCCCACCAUUGGCAGCAGAAGCUCCUUACCAAUCUUCUGGAAAAGAAAACACACAACCAUCUCCAGGAAGUAAGAACUCUCAACUCUCUGCAAGAAACCAAGACAACAGCCUAUCUCAGGAAGGGAUGAACUCAGAUUCUCUACUCAUUCACAUAAACAAGCAGAAAACACUAAUAGCCAAGAAUCCCAAACACAACACAGAAAAAGAGCCUACUCUCAGGAAAAUGAGGAAUCUGAGGAAAAACCAAAGUCACAACCAAAUGCCAGCUAGUAACAAAAGAAUGAAAAACAAAAUGGAAGAGGCGGAAGAGGCCAGCCUAAAUGGCCCCACCUUUCCCAAUGAACAUAUUGGCAUGGAACUUGCUAACAAGGUGUGCAGGGAGGAUCAGUGGAGAUAUUUGGAAAGAGCCAGUACUAAAUGGGGACAUGACUGGGUGAUUGGAGGAGACUGGAAUGAAACCCUUCAUCCCUCUGAGAAGAAAGGAGGCAAAAUGAGAACUGCAAGGGAAUUGAAUGGGUUCCAAGAUUUCUGUGCCAGAAUGAGUAUGCAUGAUAUAAGCAUGGAAGGCCACAAAUUCACCUGGGAGAAUAAAAGAGCAGAAGAGGGCUAUAUUGAGGAAAGGCUCGACAGAUUUUUUUCCUCUUAUAGAUGGAUGGCAAAGCACCCAAGAGCUAGAGUCCUAAACAUAUUCAGGGGUGCUUCGGACCACUACAUGCUAAUCCUCCAAGAAGAGCCUGGCCAGUAUCUGCACAAAAAAAAGAGAUUUUACUUUGACAAGAGAUGGCUUAAAGUAGAAGGGGUCAAAGAUGUAGUGAAAGCAGCUUGGGAAAUUCCCAAAUCAGGAACCCCAAUGCAUCAGGUGGCAGAAAAAAUAAAAGAAGUAAGAGUUAGCCUGCUGAAAUGGAGCAGUGGAUUCAGAAAAGAGCAAGAUGAGUGGAUUAGCAGGAAAAAGGAGUUGAAGAUAGAACACAAAAAGGAAGCUGAAUAUUGGAGUCAAAAAGCCAGACUCAAUUGGCUUCAAGAAGGAGACACCAACUCUAAAUAUUUCCAUUCAGUCACUCUCCAGAAGAGGCAAACAAACAAAAUAGCAGGACUCAAAAAUGAAGAAGGAAACUGGUGUGAAACCCAACAGGAAAUUGAAGAGUGCAUAUCAUCUUACUUUAAUACGAUGUUCACCUCUGAGGGAUCCUAUGAAGAUGAGCAUAUCCUGCAGAACCUUACCCAAGUCAUUACAGAUGAUAUUAACAAACGCCUUAUAGCCAUGGGCGAAGCUACAUCCCCGGUUUCAGAAGAGGAGAUUACAGAGGCCCUAUUUAGCAUGAAUCCCCUCAAAGCUCCAGGACAAGAUGAUGAUGCCUUGAUUUUCAGCAAGGCAGAGGUUAACCAAGCUUAUACUCUUCUUAAUGGGCUUCAUAGAUAUAAAUUAUUUACUGGUCAAAAGGUUAACCUAUCUAAAUCAUCUGUUUUCUUUAGUAAAAACACAAAUGUGAAUGUCAGAACUGAGAUUUGUCAGAUACUUGAUGGAAUCAAAGUUCAAACAUCUACCAGAUCCAGGUUGGUGAGCUGGAAGAACAGAUUUCUCUCCACUGCUGGCAAGGAAAUCUUAUUAAAAUCUGUGAUCAAUGCUAUGCCUAUUUUUACCAUGUCUUAUUUUUAUCUUCCUAAAGGUAUUUUCCAGGUCCUGCAAAGCUUAAGUGCCUCAUUCUGGUGGUCUAAGGGUGAUAAUAUGCAACCAGGAAUGCAUUGGAAGAAGUGGAAUGCAAUUACAAUACCUAAGCAAGAUGGAGGGUUGGGUUUUCAUGAUAUCCUACUAUUUAAUGAGGCACUUAUACUCAAACAAAUCUGGAGAGUGGCCACAAAACCCAACCUUCUAGUGAGCAAAGUGUUAAAGGGAAAAUACUUCCCAUCUACAUCCAUACUGAAGGCUGGCACACCUCAAAAUGCAUCCUGGAUGUGGAGGAAUUGGAUGAAGGUGCUGGAUAAACACAAGGCUGCAUUCAAGGUGAAUAUUAGAAAUGGGAGGAAUACAACUAUAUGGAAUGACCCCUGGAUACCGAGGCACCCCACUGGAUUCCCUACUCCUCAAGGUGCAACAGCUUGCAACUUCAACUGGGUGGAAGAAUUAAUGAGUAAUGAAGGCAGAAGCUGGGAUGAAGACAAAUUGAAGGCCUUAUUCAAUGCUGAAGAUGUGGAAAGGAUGAAGAGCAUCAACUCACUCAACCCCUCAAUGAAUGACAAAUGGAGCUGCACCUAUGACAAGAAAGGUAUCUUAACAGUGGCUACUACUUACUCAUACUUGAUACAGAAUAAGUUGAGAGAUAUGGACAUAGCAGAAUGUAGCUACAGUAUGGAAAUGAAUAGGAAGCCUAGAAGAAGAAGCUGGAAAUUGCACCAUUAA